UGCGCGCGCCUGCAGAAAGACUUCGACCGAGUAACAGCGCGCUCCCGCAGCCGCGCGUCGCUUAUUUGGAUAGUUUAGUAACCAGAAAUCCCCCAUGGGAAUAAAUCCAUGUUAUUACACACGUAUGGACGACGGCGAGUGAAGCAUUUGGAAAACAUGGACGCGACUUUGAAGUACAGUUUUUGUCACGACUCUUUGGAAUCUUAAAAGUGGGUUCCGGUCGCGAUAUUUUUUCUGUCAGGAAGUUUGACGUAUUCGGCUGAACAUUAUUUCUUACUUUGUUUUGGUUCGGGGGAAAGUUGUGGACUGUCGUUGACUAACGUUACAGAAGCCGCGCGACGACUCUGAGAAAAGACUGCGUUCUCUUUCACGUUAAAGUCAGUUUGGAGCUCACACGAAUACUUAAGGAACCGUAAUAAGAGUCCGAGAAUGCAAAGUUUAAACAUCGAUGGAGUUCAUCCAACUUCGCUUCGCUUGACAGAAUAAAUCGAUACAUAUAUGUAUACAUGUAUUUUUUUUCUGCCAGCGUCAUUUCAGUCACUUUUUGCUAAAUGGUUGAACUCCAUCGCGCGCUAAAUCAAAUUGUACUUUUAUGUUUUUUAUAGGCCUAUAUGCAUUCUUAUAUGGUUAUGAUCAUAUUCAGGCUGCAAUGCGAUACAGUUUUAUGCAAAAGUAAAGAUAUCUGCAGCCUAGACUAUUUUGGACUCUAACCUGGCAACACAGAGAAGGAAAAUCUGCAAACUUAGCAGAAAGAGAGACUAUCAAAAUCACGGAAAUCGUUCGGUCUUUUCCUCUGGCGAAGCCACAGAUGGAUUUCAUACAGGCCACACGGUUACUGUUGCACCUUGUUUGGUAGUUUUUUGUUCGUAUUUUAUGGGCUACAUCUCCCUGUCCUGCAAGCCCGAAAGCGUUGAUAACGUGUGGCAAAUGUGAAAAUGUUUUGGAAAUUCAAGUUUUCCAAAGAUCCGAGGCUGCAGUGGAGCAGAAGUUUGUCUUUGGGCCACAGCUGGAGCAGCCUGAUGUAGGCUUUUAUUUUUUUUUCCAUCGGAACAAUUUCUCUGUAAAACGCACAGCUGUCUGAUGUGUUUGUUUUCACAACCUGAAAAUUAUCCGUUUGCGUGAGUGCUUUCAUUUCCCGUCGAAGAAGACGAGUUACCUGGGGGGGUCAGCCCCGCCAUGGCGCCCCCGCUCUCACACACACUCUCCGGUGUGUCGGUCUGAGGGCACCGAUGGACGUGAGCAACGGCUGGACCUACUGCGUCAUCCCUGCCGCGAGACGCCGGUGACCGGAGUCGGCUGCACGCGAGAGAAACGGUCUUGUCGUGGACCAAGGUCGUCAAGGCGACAGGCUGUGGGUCGAUUGGCUCACCAUAGACAACUUUCUGAAGACUGGUUUGUAGAGCACGUACGCAAACAUCGCAGCAAUGAAUGAGAGGCAGGCUCUCCACUCUAUAAUGAAGGACCUGGUUGCCCUUCAGAUGACGCGGCGCCAGCCUGUGUUGUCAUAUGACAGCGGCAAACCCAAGACACCGGCCCAGACCAACAGACAGGACGAUGUCAGGAUAAAGUUUGAGUUCUCAGGAGAGAGGAGGAUCCUGAUGUUUGGACGGCCUGUGCAGUUCGAGGAAAUCCAGCAGAAAGUCAAGACUGUCUUUGGCCAGCUGCUAGACCUGCAUUAUAUGAACAAUGAGUUGUCCAUCCCUCUGCGAGAUCAGGAUGACCUGGACAAGGCGAUCGACCUGCUGGACCGAAGCUCCAACAUGAAGAGCAUCAGGAUCCUGCUGCUCACUCAGGAGCACAGCAAUGCCUCCUCCCCCUCCCACCACGUGCCGUGUAAGCAGGUGAGGAUCACGUCCUCCCAUUCUACUGGAGACGUUAGCACGGUGUACCAAUCCUCCGAGCCCAGGGGGCGCCACCUAUCAACUGGUUCUCAGAACACAGGGCGUAGCUCGCCGCCUCCUGGCUACGUGCCUGAGCGCCAGCAGAGGAUCGCCCGCCAAGGUUCAUACACCAGCAUAAACAGUGAGGGGGAGUUCAUCCCCGAGACCAGCGAUCAGUGUGUGCUGGAUCCCUGGAGCAGCGCAGAAAACUCUGUCUCUGGAAGCUGUCAGUCUCUGGACCGCAACUCAGACAGCCCCUCACUGAGGAAGUCUCGCAUGCACAGAGCCAAGAGUUACCCUGAUAAUCGCCAGGAGUGCUCAGACCGGGAGAAUCAUGUGUAUGACAGAAUAGCAGGUAAAGGAGGCACCUAUCCUCGAAGGUACCAUGUCUCCCUGCAUCAUAAGGACCACAGUGAAGGGCGUCGGACAUUUCCGCGGAUCCGUCGCCCCCAGGGGAACCUGUUCACUCUGGUGCCCUCACGCCGGUCGCUCAAUGGCAGCGAGGAGAGUGUGGGCAGCUGGCAGCUGGUCGACGCUCAGGGCAGGCUCCGUCCCCAAGAUCGUUCUGUCGCGCAUAAGUCGCCCAGUGCUCCAAUGACGUGGCGGCGGGGGAAGCUUCUGGGCCAGGGAGCGUUUGGUCGGGUUUACCUGUGUUACGAUGUGGAUACUGGGAGGGAGCUGGCUGCCAAGCAGGUCCAGUUUGAUCCUGAGAGUCCUGAGACCAGCAAGGAGGUCAGCGCUUUGGAGUGCGAAAUCCAGUUGCUGAAAAAUCUGCAUCACGAGCGCAUUGUUCAGUACUACGGCUGUCUGAGGGACCACAAUGAGAAGACCCUCACUAUUUUCAUGGAGUACAUGCCGGGGGGUUCAGUCAAAGACCAGCUAAAGGCCUACGGGGCGCUGACAGAGAACGUGACCCGGAAAUACACAAGACAGAUCCUGGAGGGCAUGUCCUAUCUGCACAGCAACAUGAUUGUACACCGGGACAUCAAAGGUGCCAACAUCCUGCGGGAUUCAGCAGGCAACGUGAAGCUCGGAGAUUUUGGUGCCAGCAAGAGGCUGCAGACCAUCUGCAUGUCUGGCACCGGCAUCCGCUCUGUGACCGGCACCCCCUACUGGAUGAGCCCGGAGGUGAUCAGUGGAGAGGGCUACGGCAGGAAGGCUGAUGUCUGGAGCCUUGGAUGUACGGUGGUGGAGAUGCUAACAGAAAAGCCUCCGUGGGCUGAAUAUGAGGCCAUGGCAGCCAUAUUCAAGAUCGCCACUCAGCCCACCAACCCACUGCUGCCCUCGCACACCUCCGACCAGGCACGGGACUUCAUUAGCUGCAUCUUUGUGGAGGCCAAGCACAGGCCCAGUGCUGAGGAGUUGCUCAGACAUCCAUUCUCCCAGAUUCUGUGCUAAAACCUGCCUGGUUUUCUGAACUUUAACCACAGAGCAGUAUCUGUAGCUUCCUUGAAACCCAUCCGUGGCAGAAAUCCGGACAUGGAACUGGUCGAGAAGUCAUUGUUAAACCCACCGAGCCUCUGCCACCGUUCAGAUGCUCCUCUCACACAAAUCCAAAGAACAAGACGGUUUAACAACAGCAGUCAUCAAUGCCUUGAAAACCAAUGCCAGUACAUGCUCUGACAAGAGUCACCACCAGGGGGAAACAAAACAUUAAGUAUCUGGUGCGCGGCUGAUCCUUCUCAGAUACAUACGCACACACUCCAAAGGCAGCAUCAUUCAAGUCAUGCACCGGUUUUAUCUUCAUCAAGUAUCCUCUCCUGUGUUUACAUUCACAUAUUGGGCAGAAAUGCCAGGAAGCCCUACAGUGUUUGAAACAUUUUAUUUUAAAGCUACAGCACACAACAGUGUUAAAUGGACAGGAUUGUUCUCUUGUUUUCCACGUCAUCCCUGUCUCAUUUUGAACAAAAAAAUCAUCACCCUUAAACUAGAACUCUGUUAAGCUAUUUGUGAUGCACUUCACAUUUCUGACUACAAGUGUUUGUAGAUUCGAUGAAACACAGAUGAAGCAAUGUCACAUGGAGAUAUGUGUAGAGUAGCUACACUGGAGUUUAAUAGAAGAAUAAUCAAUAAUAAACAGUUUGAGGCAUGUUUUAGUUUUAGCCCUACAGUAUUAAAGCUAUAGUGCGUAGUUUCUGUUGCCCCCCAUGAGGAAUUCUAAGUAAUGACAACAACACUGUUGACGCGUCCACAUGAUACAAGUCUUAUGUGAUCGCACACAGCCCCCACCCCUCCUCCACGCUAGUAGUCAAGGAGGACAUGGAGGAUUAAAAAAAACAUGAUGGACUCUUCAGAAGAGGUAAUUAUCUUCGCUCGAGUUUUUUCACUCAAGUGUCUCCAGACGACACAAUCUUCUGAACAUAGCCAUACUGAGAAAUACAGAGAGAGUUGUGUGGAGCUGAUGUCUUAAUUAGCUUUGUAUCAACUCAUAUGGCAAUGGCUUGUAUGUAAUGGACGUUCAUUAUUAUCAAAAGGUUACGCACUAAAGCUUUAAGCAAUCUUUUACCAUGGUUUAGUAAUCUUACAGGUCCACAUGAAUAAUAAGAGCCAAAUACACUAACAGUACCCUCAAUAGACCAUGAUGCACGGCAGCAACUAGCCCCAGUUUGUGCCUCUAUGGUAUUACCAUUACAUUAUAAUCCCAGUGGCAAGCUUCUGUUUCUCUGAAAAUAAUUACGCAGUGAUCUUUGCUUAACUACACUUACUACUGCUCUUAGGUCAAAUACUCUUCUAACCACCUGAAUGGAAAAAUAUUCAGACCAGUGAACAACAAAAACGUUUUAGCAUGUUUCUCAAGUUGCAACUAUAGACAAAUAUAUUUAACUUUCACUCACGUUGUAUAAAUUAAGCAAAGACAUAUCAUUUCCAGCUACCAUCUUUGUUUGGAUUUGGAAACUUGGGAAACUGGUCAAAAAUCAUUUUAUCUAUAUUGAUAUUUUUAGAAUAUCUAUAAUAUAUAUUUUUAUAAUAAAUACAGUCUUGAGAAAAAGGUUAAAAAUCCUUUUUAAGUAGUACAGCAAACCAUUUUUUUUUAUCCAGAUAUAUAAAAGUGUGGAAAUACCCUCAGAGCAGCAAUAACUUCUCUUAUAUGAUAUUCUGGGUUUUUAAAAAUUACCCGGUCUUUAUUUUUCAGAGAAAUGAUGGCUUAGCUCUGUGACUUAAAUGUAAGUGCAACACGUGAGAGGCAUUUACUGAGGCAUUGCAGCUACAAUACCUGAUUUAGGCAGAGAUAUGACUUUAUUUUUCUCCAUAGAAAAAAACACUUCCUCCACUAUCACUAUUGCUGUCCUUCUAUCUGUAAAACUAAUUAAGAUAAUCAGUGUAUUUCAGUACAGUCUUGGAAUAUCAAUCAAAUAAUCUACUCAUACACUAUAAAGUAUGAGGAUGACAUGCACUGUAACUGCGUAAGAGGGGCUAAGGGUGGAUUUUUCUUUUUGACGACUCCGUCUUGUUAUACCUUCCGCCUCAAUGUGACUUAGGUAGAAACCUGGCAUCCUCUUCUUGUAGCUAUUCAGUAUCAAAGUUUUUCUCAGCCAACAAAGUGCCAAAAAGGAGCAGAUAAAAAAUAUAUGCUACGGACUUGGUGACAGUUAUAUGUGAAAGUUAUGGUUUGAAAAUACAAAGUUACGGCCUUAAUUUGGAAGUGAUUUCCGUUGCCUUUGCCUAAGCACUAACUGUUAAUGUGUGUCUGGCCCAAACAUCCCUGACUGAGAAGCCUUAGCUUAAGGAUCAAUUUUAAAUCUGAUGUACUUUUAUAUAAAAUGAAUGUUGUGGAAUUUUUGUUCUCUACCAAAUUAGAUUUGUUUUUGUUUUUUUUACUUCAAAUGUGAAACUUGUUUCAUUUUUAUUUAUAUCCCCAUGUCCAUCCCAAUUAGAUUUUUUAUAAGCAAAUAUAUAUGUAUAAAUAUAUUUUUUAUAUUUAGACAAUGUCAAAUCUUAUGAUACUUUCAGGACUUUGUGUCAUUAAAAGUAAAUCAUUGAAAGCAGCUGGUUUUGCAGACAUUACAGAAUUGGGGUUUAUAAAUGAAAAAAGGGGAAAACGAA